AAAAAUUGAUUGACAUUCCGUACAUUAAACUGGCACCUCAUAGGCACCAUAUAAUUUGAAACACUUAAAAAAUUUCUUGAUAAUGCGAAGUCUCUGACCACGCAUAAGGGCUUUUUGAACACAAUUUUAAACUUGAACCAGUACAAAUCAUAAAACGUCUCAAAAAUUGUAAAAUAACCAACUUUAACCGCGUGUAAAAUUAAGUUACGCCUAAUAAAUCUGGUCCUACAAGUUGCUGCUGCAACAACAACAAUUAUUUAUUUACGAAGGUCAUAAAAACAACAAUAGACGGCAACGUUGCCUAAUUUACCGACAACAGCAAACUUGGUUAAUAUAACAAAACCCGGUCGUCGGUGGCGGCGACGAUAUACUCGCUGCGGCUCUCUCUCUCUGUUUCGCCAACGUUUUCCGUCUCUGUUGCGCGUGUUGCAUCGCAAGAUGGCCGUGACAGUGGCGGACUUGCCCCUCCCCUCACCCCUGACCAGGUAAGUCGCUGGAAUGCGCCGCAGAGAAGGGAGGAAAGAGACAAGGUAACAACCUGUUGUGACGUCACGCGAGCUUUUACCCCCACCGCGGCUUCAAACCGUGUGUACCCGAGGAAUCGGCUUCGGUAGUCCGAGAGUGCCAACCUCAUCGAGAGUGACUUACUUCACUCGGCUUAAUUCGGAUUAUUGGCCGACGAGUGAGAGAGAGAGAGAGAUAGAGAGAUAAAAUACUUUCGUUUCGAUACAGACCCACUUACAUACUUUACAGACCCGGAGCAGUCGGUCGGUCCCGGUGAAUGUUUUCCGAAAAAAAUUUUUUUUUAGUGUCGCUCGCGGUUGUUUUUUGGUGAAUCAGAAUCGCACUCGUCGUGUAUAAUGAAACGUAGAUGGGCCGGGGGGUUGCAAACGGUCAGACUCACUCCCUCCGACGUCGUAGACUCUAGUGCGGAAGUGACCUCCUCCUCCUCCUCCACGACCACUUUGGUGAUGAGUCCGGCCAAUUCCCUCGUCUCCACCGAUUUGGGAGAGGUGGACUUGGAGUUUUGGGAUUUGGACCUGAACGCACAGAAUCACGCGAGGAACCUGAUUAUUCAGAACGGAUAUGGCGGGAUCAUACAGACGGGACAGACCAUUAUUGCGAAAUCUGAUACCAGUUCAAUGUCAGGAAGAGAAGAUUUAUCACCUCCAAGUAGCCUGAACGGUUACAGUGCGGACAGUUGCGAUGCAAAAAAGAAAAAAGGACCCACCCCCAGGCAACAGGAGGAGCUGUGCUUGGUAUGCGGCGACAGGGCGUCCGGAUACCAUUAUAACGCCCUCACCUGUGAAGGAUGCAAAGGUUUCUUUCGGCGGAGCAUAACGAAAAACGCAGUGUAUCAGUGUAAAUAUGGGAACAAUUGUGACAUUGACAUGUACAUGAGGCGGAAGUGUCAAGAGUGUCGAUUAAAAAAAUGUUUGACGGUGGGCAUGAGGCCGGAGUGCGUGGUUCCGGAACCGCAGUGCGCCAUCAAGAGGAAAGAGAAGAAGGCGCUCAAGGAAAAGGACAAACCUAAUAGUACGACCAACGGGUCGCCCACGGGAGCCAUCAAAAUUGAACCGGAGCUUCUCUUCUCUCAACUGUCCGAGAGCGAAAAGUCCACGGGAGUGAAACCGAUCUCUCCCGAACAAGAAGAACUGAUACAUCGACUCGUUUACUUUCAAAACGAAUACGAACACCCCUCGGAGGAGGACGUCAAAAGGAUAUUGAACCAACCGAUGGAGGACGAGGACCAACGGGAAGUACGGUUCAGGCAUAUAACCGAAAUCACGAUACUGACCGUUCAGUUGAUCGUGGAGUUCGCCAAGAGGUUACCAGGGUUCGAUAAGCUCCUGAGGGAGGAUCAGAUCGCGUUACUAAAGGCGUGUUCGAGUGAAGUGAUGAUGUUCAGGAUGGCGCGACGGUACGACUGUCAGACGGAUUCGAUCCUGUUUGCCAACAAUCAGCCCUACUCCACCGAUAGCUACAACCUGGCGGGAAUGGGCGAGACCAUCGAGGAUCUCUUGCACUUUUGUCGCACCAUGUACUCGAUGAAGGUCGAUAAUGCUGAGUACGCCUUACUUACCGCCAUCGUUAUUUUUUCCGAGCGGCCAUCGUUGAUGGAGGGCUGGAAAGUGGAAAAGAUCCAGGAGAUCUACCUGGAGGCCCUGAAGGCGUACGUGGAAAACCGACGAAAGCCGCGCGCGCACGUCGUCUUCGCCAAACUCGUUUCAGUGUUAACGGAACUGCGCACGUUGGGCAACCAGAACUCCGAGAUGUGCUUCUCACUCAAAUUGAAAAACAAAAAACUGCCGCCGUUCUUAGCGGAGAUAUGGGACGUGGACGUGAAGACAUAGUGGUGACGUCACAUCAGGAUCAAUGGGUGAAGAAUCCGUACGAGGUGGCGCCCUCUGCCCACCACUCUACUAAAGGUGACGGCGUAGAACGGAAGCGACGACGACGCGACGCGACGGUGCGCCACCAAAAGUUGGCUGUGAAAUAUUGUAAAGUUAUUUUAUUUUAUUUUAAUUUUUUUUUUUUGUAAUACCAUACUGACUUUAGAGAGUUGGACGGCAACUAGGCAAAUGUUGAUUGUGUUGACUAUAUCAUGAAUAUUGAGGGGUGUCCGGGAAUGAACCGCGGCGAAAUGUAGCUUUUGGGAAUUUGGCAUUUCGGUUCAAAAAUCUAUGUUUUUAAUAAUGUAUUAUUUGUACUGUGGCGAAAAUUGAAUUUUGCAGAUAUGUCACCAUAUUUGGACACUUACUGUAUAUCCAUUAUUGUUUGAGUUUGCAAAUAAUGGAUUUAUUUUAAAUUGUUUAAGUGUUAAGCUUCAUUCUGAGUAGGGCGUAUUUCACGGAUUUUUGACAGAAUAUGUCAAAUCCAGAUUUAAAAAUAUUCGCAAUCGGGAAAUUUUAACUUUUCCGCGAUGUUGAUAUUUAUCCUGGGAAAUAUCAUAAUCUAGAAUUAUUAUUUGUUGAUGUUUUGUGUUGUGUUACAACAGUCACCGUUAGUCGUUUGCCCUUAUAAAAAGAUAAUUUAAUGUUGAACGCUCAUCUUUACUACAAAUAUUAUUAUGUAAUAUUUUUAAAUUCAUAUGUUUCAUAAAAAAGUGUAAACUUACCACCUCCUGGAGUCUCAUCUCAGUCUGAAGUACCUGAAAAUGUUGGCACAGGUAACUAAUUUUGACUAUUUCUUACAAAUGUCACAAUAAAUCUACAAAACACCAGAAAUUAUUAUUUAGGGCCUUCAUAAUGUACUUUAUAUUACUUGGGUAUCACCAUCUAGGUCUUCGUAUUCCAUUAUUGAUUAUUGUACUUUGUUAUUUAUGUUAGUUUUUGCUCAGAGCUCACACACCGCAAAACAAAUAGUUAAAAUCUUUGAAUAAAAAAAUUCGUUUUUUAUUUAAAACUUAAAAUAAACAAAUCAUAACAUAACAAAGAAAAACUAACAAUUCAUGACAGCUGACUGAAGAAACUCGCAAAAUACUUGAAAUCGUUUUAACUUUUUUGUGGGUAAAAGAUGCGAAUGUGCGAGAUAAAAAUUGCCUGUCAAAAAUCCGCGAAAUUCGCCCUACUCAGAAUGAAGAGCUUUUUAUCCAUAAAUUAAUGUCUCCUCAACAUCAGUUUAUUGAAAAACCAAUUACAGAUACGGAAAAGUUGGUUUGUUAGUGAUUUUGUACCAUCAUCUUCGGUCAGGAUAAAGGAAUGGACAUGGCUCUUCACCGUUAUCCUUCUGUUCAUGUGCAAAUUUCAAAUUGCAGUCACUGGAAGUAAAAUCGGGUCUGUUUGGAGGACGGUCUUGGCCAUUGUGGCGCAGCAUUAAUUUAAACAAACUUCUCCUUUUUUUUUAGUAGUUUUAUUAGUGUCUCUUUGUAGUACCUUAAUGUCUGACCAACUGUCCAAAAUACCAAAACAGUCACUAAGGUUUUUUCAGCCGCUGUGGACGGAGAGAGAAAACGAAAACUACGAACUUCCUAUACCACUUUUUUAUGUUCAUGCAUCUUUUUCCAGAAAUUCCUCUAAUGUUUGUUAUCCAGUUUUAGACUAAAAUUGUACUAAAAGGACUUUAUGUGUACCUAAAGCAAGGAUUGUAAGGAAUUUCAUGGUGGUACAAAUUUUUACUUUAAAAAGUACAAAGUUCUUCUAAUAUUAUAUACUAUGUUUGAGUUGUUUUUCACUAAGCAAGUUUGAACUUGUUUCCAUUUAAAUGCAAGAGUUGCGUUAAAUAGAGGAUUCGUGGGGUCAUAAUUGUCAAGUUCCCUUGUACCAAUUACCCAAAGUUUAUUUUCUAGCCGUCAAUUAUCUGUUGGAACAUUUUAAAUUUCGCGCCAUAAUUUUCUUAUAGUUGGCCACACCGGCUGCUACAACUGUCAUAAACGUCAAGUUUCGUUGUAUCAAAUACCCAAACCAUGAGAAUUAGAGAUUUGAAAAUUGAAACACAGAUUCUUCUAAAAAAAUCAUUUGACACCUAUUUUAGUGUUUUUUCAUAAAAUUAUUGAAAAUAAAGAAAUUGGCUUUGGAAGGUGAAAAAAAAAUAUUGAGAAUUCUAGGGACAAACCUCUAUAAACAAACGAUUUAGAGAUCUUAAAAUUGAUACAUAGAUUCUUUUAAUAAGUCAUUAGAUACCUAUUCCGUCGCUGUUUCAAAAAAAUUAGUUAAAAUAAAAAAAAAACAGCCAUGGAAGUUGAAAAAAAUGAUUGAAAGUAUGAAUUUUGCACCUUAAUAAUGUCACAGUUGGCAACACUGGUCAAUUUAAGCUGCCGAACGUUGAUCUUUAGCCCCACCAUGAAGAUGCAUAAGGAAGAGAAGCUGUUUGUUGACAACUCAAGAAAGCUCUAAAACAAAGAUAGUGCUGCUCCAAAACUAGUCUUGCAACUGUCCGAGGUUGCCACUGCUCCUUUCAACCUAGAUGAUUCUAGAAUAUUUGUGCGUUAAUUUCAAAACUAUUACCACUUAAUGUGUAGACUUACUUACUACAAAAACUUCUCAGAGACAAGGAUGGUCGUAUAAUGAAUCUUUGACAGAACAACGGCAGCACUGUACGACGAAGGAUUCACAAUAAGGUCGGUGUCAACCUUCAAGUGUGAAUUUCUCCCAUUAGACAAUCCGGUGGUCUGUGAUAAUAAAUGAUCAAACGCAUAAAGAUCAUCCGAUUUAAUACUUACCACGACCGUUCACCGCGUUUUUACUGCAUCUUAACCUUCUAUACUGUAAAUGCAGAAAAUUUCCAUGAAAUUUGAAUUUCCCCAUAGUAGUGCCACGUUUGGCAGCCCUGGCUUAAACUGUCAAACGUCUUAGAGUUUAAGAUUGUUUGCUUUUUUUUAAUCCAGAGUUGUAUAGUAAAAUUGUACUAAAAAUGCCUGGCCAAAGGCCUCGCGUCACCAAGCAGUUUCUCUAAUUGGUACAAUUUUUGCAUAUAAAUUGAAAUAAUUAGAAAAUUUUUUAGUGAUAUGCAUAAGGCGUUUUUAGUACAUUGUUUCAAUAGAGUUUUACCCUAAAAAAGACCGAAAUCUAAUCACAAAGCAUAAUUGAUUGCUCUUAUCAUCAUCAAACUUGUUCUUUGCAAAAUUGAUUGCUCUUAUCAUCAAACAUUGCUCCACAGUGACAUUAAUUUACGAACAUUGCCAUUUAUUUUCAAUGAAACUGAUUAACACCGUAAUACUAUUACAGAUCUAUUAUCAUCCUCAAUGAACGUGGCCACAUUUCCAAAAUAAUUCCCAAUGGCUACGUUUCGAUCGUUACCGUUCAUCUUGGGACACCUUCUAUAUAAAAGGAUCGGGUUGAAGCCUCCUUGGAUAAGGCGGCUCCAAUCUGGAUCCUUAUUAGACAAUUAAGUUUAGCUCGAUUUUCUUUUUAAUACGUGUAGAUUUUCUAAACAAACGUCUCGCGAACUCCUUGGAACCGAAACAAAGCGAUAGUUUUGAUUUUAUAAUAUAACUAUUAAAAUAGAUAAACAAACAAAAAAAAAUAUUAUGGUAAGACUGGGCUUGGGACUGAAUUUAAAAUGGUGCCUUCAAACAAAAAUAAAAACUACCACUCAGACUGAGGGCAGGUGCAAAAUUGGAAGUAGGGAUUUUCGUUUUUUAAAUAUGUUUUUUUUUUUAAUUAUUGUUGGUAUGAGUUUUAGAGAGAUAGAGAGAGAAAAAAAAGUGCAAUUUAGGUAGCUUUUGUUAUCGUUGAAUAAGGAGCACCCUAUCGAUGUUCGAUUGACGUUCGAGUGGCGGCAUACAAAUUUUAAUGUCCUUCACUGAAAAAUGCAAAACUAUUUGGAAUUUGAUACUGACCUAAAUUUGUGGCCGCCGCAGUAAAAUCAAGGAGCGAAAUUUAAUUAAAUUAACAUUGUCGCAACAACAUAAGGACUUAUUAAUAAAGAAAAAAAAACCACUCAGAUGCGAGGUAUGUUUUAAGCAGCCGUCCGAAAAACUACUGACUUUGAUAAGAGAGAAAGAGACAGUAAGAGUGAAGUGAUUCCAGAAUGAUAAAGACAGUGCUACCACCACCACCACCACCAAAUCCUCCGCCCCCCUACCCACCUCAUAAACGAGUGCCAUUGGUACAUAAGAACUUUUUAUCUCUUGUGAAUGUAUAGUAGUUUACAGUCUACUCAUUUUUUUUUUUAUACUAAUGACGAUGUACAGCACUCUCUUUUCCCAUCCACCCCUCUCCCCCCUCGUGUAUUUCUUUUCGCUGCUAGUUGAUACGAGACAAAAAAAAAUAUUAUAAUGAUAUAAACAUAUUUUUCAUCGAUUGUAUAUACGAACAUAUUUUUCAUAAACUCGUCGGAACGUCACAGAGUGAGACAGAAGAUGUAAUGUGUUUUGUUCCCCAUAUUUGGACCAAGCAACGGGUCGAACAGCCUCAUCUCGAUUGGAUCAUGUAGAAGGUUGGAUCCUAAAUCAACACGAAAAUGAUAAUCAUUACAAAAAAAAAACAGUCUACUGCCAUAAAAGCAAUAUAAUAUAAUCCAUUAUGUGUCUACUAAAUGUCGUACUCCAUACACAUUCAAUGGCUACAAAUAUUGGGAACACAUCUUUGAAGAUAAACCAUUAAAAUUUAAUAAUUCUUAUUUAUAAAAUGGUAUUUUAGUAUAGUCGAUUUAUGGCAUCCAAAAAGUUCCCAUGCAACAUUUGGUUUUUGAUAGUAGUUAGUAAAAAAAAAAUGGAGGUCUUUGAAAAUCAGCUUAAGUGUUUACGAAGAGGAAAUUAAUUAAUCUGAUCAAUGGGAUGAUUUUUUUCUAUUAUUGAGUGUUCAAUAUUAUAAUUUCUGAAUAGGUACAUUUACAGGAAAACAUAAAAUGCCUCGCCUCCAUAAAUAAGAAUAGUGUAGUAGUUUAAAGUAAGUUGCAACUACGAUUAAUCUGAAAAAAUUUAACCACUAUUUUGAUAUAAAUCUGAUAUAUUCCAACAAAACUCCCCAAAGAACAAGUAAUUGUAUUAUUCAUAUAUGUACUAAUUUCAUGUAAAUUUCCAAACCAGCUAUGAAUUAAUGGCGAAAUAACUCAUAAAUUGCACAUAGCUAAAGUAGUGCAAACAAACUUAUUAGUAAAUAAAAAUUAACCCUAAAAACAACAACUUAACCCUAUAGAUAACCUCUAGGUCUAUAAAUAACAACUUAUAGCUCUAUAAAAAAAAAUGCAUAAAAUAAUUAAUUUAUGGUUUAAAACGGUUUUGGCAAAAUUAGUCUUAUCGUUCAUUAAUGGCUUUUUAUAAAACCCGGCAAAUGUUUUAGACCUUUCAGUCCACCCUGCUGCCAACCGAAUAUUGUCAAAGAUUAGCCCUUUCCUGGCGGCAGCAGAUGUGUAAGCGUGUCUAGUACUAUGCCCACUGAAAUGUUUCUCAUCUAAGGUAACUGACCCAAAUAAGGCCACCUUAAGACGUAAUCUUUUUUUCCCAUUAACAUUAUUUACCAAAGCCAACAAAAAUCACAAAAGCUAAAAGUAUUCUGCCACUAUUACUUAAAUAUUAACCACUUAUUUGUUUAUUUUUUAUAAAGUGAUGGUUAUUGCGUAAAAGGAAAAGGCUUACCAUUGCCCUUAUUUGGAUCACUAUGUCCAUAAUAAGGCCACCAUUCAAAAUAAUUUAAAUAAUAUAGAAUUCAUUUAGAAAAAUAUUUUUUAUUAAGGGAUGAUAAACGAACAAAAAAUGAUAAACUAACAAAAAAUAAAACUUCAACUUUUAAAGUAACUUUAACAUUCUAAAAAAUAAUAAUAAUUUUAAUACAUGAUGGUAACUCAAAAUGGUCUAAGACGAGCAACGAGGACAAACGAGCUGCAGCUUUUCUUCUUCGUGCACAUAGACGGAGCAUAAACAGCAUUUGCGCAUGUCCAAUACCUCAUCUCUGUCGCAAAGGAAGCAAUACCAUGAUUCUUUAGCUUCGUUUUUCUUUUUAUCUGAUAUUUUAUUCAUUUUCAUGUUACCCUUUUUAAAAUUUGUUGCAGACAAAUUCGUUUUGCCUUUUUUGGAACUUCUGGCUGACAAAUUUGUUUUGAAUAAAUCCCUGGUAACAAGUUGAGCAGAUGAGUUCAAUGCUUUGCGUCUAGGCUUAUCUGAGGUUUUGGUCUCAGGAGUUGGGAGUAAAUCCGAGAAACUGGAAGAAUUCAGUAAGUCAUCCGUAGAUGGUUCUGGUGUAGGCUCUCUGAUGUCGGUAUUUUCAGGCCAGUGUGAGCAUGAUGGUUUUGGUUCCAUAUGUGGAUUAUUAACUUGCUGAUAAUUAGCAGGUGUCUUAUUUGGUCUAAGAUUUUCUCGUUGCUCUUGUUGAUUUUCUCCUUGAUUUCUCAAAAUCGAGAGCGGCAGGACGUCGGAGUCUGACCAUUCGGAGUCAUCUGUUAGAGGAUUAUCCUCCUCUGCUUCUGCUCUCUCUUGAGGUUUUUCUGUCAAUAGACUAGGUGCAAAGGCCGCCUCUUCAAUAGCAUCCGAAUUGAACGGGUAUAUCCCUGUUACUCGAAAUCCGGACAUUUUAAUGAUAAAUUUUGUGGUGACAUUGCUUUUGGCCAAAUUUUACUAAGGAUGUAUCCAAAUCUUCCUUUCGUAAUUUUUCGAUCCGGUUCACGCAUCCAGUAAUUUAAAACCUCCUCAUCCCAAAACUGUUCGAAUGAGCGAAAAACGGAUUUAUCAAGAGGUUGCAAUUCAUGGGUAGUAUUACUUGGAAGACAUAACAACGAUAUUUCAGCAGCAUCAGCAACUUCAACAAUACCGGCAUCUAAAUGGGAGGCAGCUCCAUCAAACACCAACAAACAACGCCCAGGUGCUUUAAACUUAGAAAAAUGUUUUACCCAUUUGAUAAAAAUUGCAGUAGUCAUUUUUAAUUGGUUCAUUUUUCAAUCAGUUUCAUUUUUAAUUGGCGUAGAGUUUUCAUCAAGAUCUAUUUUUAAGCCCUGGGGUUCACUAAACACAAAUAAUUGUUUGUGUCUUCCACAGUAUUCAGUCCAACCAUGAUUAUCAUUUUGGUCAUCUUGAUAGGGUUCAUCCACUUCAUUGGCAAGAUCAUCUUCUAAUUCUUCCAGAGUUUCAAGUAUAUCAUCUAGAUAUUCUGGAUCUUCGUCUUCAGAUGAGUCUGAAUAUUCUUCAAUAUUAAUGGUCAAGCAACGUUUUAUUUUUUGACAUACCAGAAUACCAAACAGGGUCAUCAAUGGAAUCAUUGGGGCUAAAGUCACUACUUUCAGUAUCACUUAUACAGUCUAUUUCACGGAGAAGUUCUUGUUCUGUCAGUGGUCUCUUGUUUUCUUGGUCUCUUCCUCUUACUCAUUUUACUUUUAUUUUACACUUUCACUGGGGUAUCUGCAAAUAAUGACAUUGAAUUAUGCAUUCCUCACUCAUGAAAGCCAGAACUGUAAUGUGCCAUUACGGCAAAUAUACAGUUCAAGGUGGAGAAAUCCAUGAUUCACCGUUGUCUCGAGAUCUGGUAAGCUUCUAUUUCUCUUCAAAAUGACCUGUAACAAAAGAAAAAGCUGUCAUUCAUAUAUGAAUGAUACAUUAAAAACCAUAAAUUGAUAAAAAACCUGGUUAUUUGUCCAUAAUAACAUACCCAAAUAAUAUUUAAACCAAAAAUAUAGAAGUAUAGAAGUAAAAAUGAGCUUGGCCUCGAGAAGAAUUAUUCUAAUAACAGCACGGCAGUAGAUGUGUUAAUAAAAUUUAUAUUUUCAAGAAAUCAGAAUAAAAUUGAAAAUACAUCUUCAGAAUCAGAAUAUUUAAUAAACCAAUUAAUUCUUGAAACUCAUUAAAAUCAAAAAUUGCUAAUUAAAAAUUUCAAUUUACGAGACUUAAGAAAAAAACACUUUUUCCAAAAAAAAAGGAAAAAAGACGAUUAAAAAAACAAGUUGUUAAUUAAAAGCUUUGGGUGUGAAGUUAAAAAAUGUGAAAGCAUCCCACUUCUGAAAUAACUAAAUUUUCAAAAAAAGUUAAAAAUAUAUAGGUACUAUUUUUCCAAACACAAAUAUCCCAUUUUUCAAAAGAAUAAAAAAAGUAAUUUUUUCAAAUUUUUCAGGCAGUCAUAGUAUUUUUUUUAAUUUAUUCAAUUCCAGGAAUUAGAGGAUAUUUUGUAGCUCUUUCAAGUAUUUAAUUAUAAUUUAUUCCAGGCAGUUAAAUUGAUCUUAACAUAAAAAGACACCGUAAUUGAGACAUCGCACUAUGGAACAAUACUCAAACAACCAUAAUUAUUUAUGCUGCCUUAAUGCCUUAGUCUGAAAUUUUCCUUUUUUUAUUGGCGAUUAUCUCGGACUUUUUCACUUUAAAUGCCUGGAAUACAUCAAAUCAAUGGAGGUAAUAAAUGCUUGGAAAGCGUAGAAAAUUACACCACAAGCCUGGAAAACGUAACAGAAUACGUAAAAGAUGUGAAUUAUCAUAAAGUGUAAUUCGUGGAACAAAAUAAUAAAUACACUAGAGAAAUGAAAAAAGACCACACACCUGAAAGGACACAAUGUUAGGGAACUAAUAGUUAUGGUGAUUUCUUGAUUGUACUGUAUAUAUUUCCAUAUUUUUUUAAAAAACCGAAGAAAUAAUUCGACAUUCACCUGCCUGGAAAAAACCCAAAAUUUCUUCGACUUUCUGGGAGCAAGAAAGCACUUGUUAGUAUGUCAGUAACCCAAAUUAGCUUAGUGGGCUGCGUGUACCAUAUACGUGUCACCCCUCAAGUUAAUUUUCCACGAAAGUCAAACGCGUGGCCUGAUGGUAAUUUAGAAAUCAUUUUUUACACGUCUUAAUUUUACCGAUUUUAGCAUUGAUCAAUUGCCUGCAGUUGAGGUGAGUUCCUAUUUAUUCAGUAGUUGCAGUAAUUUUUACAGGCAAUCAAAUUCAUUAUUUGCUACUUCAAGGAAGUCGAGGUAAUUUUGUUGAACACUUAAAAUAGUGCAAUUCAUUAUUAUAUGUUGACUGCUUUUCAACUAAUCUGCGUUUUAUAGUGUUUCGAGCACUCUGUGCAGGAAGUGUUGUAUUUCUUUGUUGAGUUUGUAUGCUCCUCUAAUUUCUUGGCUAUAAGUUCUUCUUUCUUCAAUAUUCUCUCUUUUUUUGUCCUAUUUGGAUUCUUUAUAGUAGGAAUUAAAGAGAAGGAUCUUCUAAAACCUUUGAAGGUGUCCAAACUCAAGUAGCAGAGCGUAUAAUUUUUUUUAGGAGAUUCUUUAUAUGAAAUAAGUCAGACGUUGACGAAUAGUUAUCAGAAAGGUAUGAACUGGUUAAUUUUAGAUUAUGACCUGUAGUCCAUUAAGAGGGACCAGAUUCUGGUAAAGUAUGCUUUCGUUUUCUGAUUAUUCAGCAGGUCAAUCAUGUACUAGCAAAUUUCAAUAAAUAACUUCCUGUAACACAAAAUCAGCAAAAAAAAUCUAAAAUAUUUGUAAAAUUAUAAUUUGUUGACAUGUAUCUUUAAAAUAGAGAUCGCUUAAAAGAGCAGUGAUCAAGGGCUUGUAAAAAAUGUGUAUUGUCUUAAUCUAAAGUCUAAUCCAUAACAUUGGCAUAUUAUUAAUAUAUUCACAUUUCUCAAUCUAACAGCCUUUACAACUUUAAGUAUUCAUUCUUCUUCUGUUUUUUUAGGUCCAUAAAAUGUCAGCCUCUUGAAGGGUGAAGUAAACGCACUUAAAUUAAUAUAAACACGUUUCUAACCUACAUAUAUCACCUAUUUUUGAGGCUUUCUUUUGGUGAAGAACACCCUUUGUGUCCUUUCAGUGUAUAAUUUGUAUCUCCCUGGUGAUCUUUUAAUAUACUGUGUCGCGGUCCAUUUUUGCCCUUGGGACAUUUUUUUGUAUUUAUUUUUAAAUUAAGAUAGUCAAGGAAUUGGAAGGAAGCCUUGAACUCGGAAGUGUUUAAGAAUAUGUACUAAAAACUAUGAGGAAAGGUUGAACAGUUUAACUAAAAACUUGCAAAAUAUAACACACCUUUUAACCUCUUCCUCAUACAAGUGCAACUUAAAUCAACAAAAAAAAACACCAAAUGUUGCAUAAAUUUCGAAUCGAUUGUGCCAUUUUAUAAAUAAGAAAGACGUCUGCCUAACCUCACACCAUCUAAUGCCUUAUAUGAUCGUGAAAAUAGAGCACAUAUUCAUUUAUCUCAGGAGUCAACCCUCCUCCCCUCCCCCCAUACUCCUAAUGUUGAAAAUGUAUGUCCCUAUACAGAGAGUUAAAUAAAUAUAUUUUACUUGAACUACGAUUGCCUUUUGACGAUGUGUAGAUGAUGUUUGUUGACAAAUUGAGAGGUAUAUCUUGAAGAUUUAAUAAUUAUUAUGAAGGGAGAAAUGUUGCGUCUCUCAUAGUGUACAAAACAAUGAUGGUACAAAAUGUUUCAGGAAUUAUGAAGAGAAAAAAAAAACAAAUUAAAUCGGUUGACUCCUCCAUUUUAUAAACUAUAUAAUAUGUGUACACUGCCGUAUAGUACGUUUGGCUCUGUCUCUGUAAAUUAUAGCGUAAUAGUUGAUCAUCCCAAACUAGUUAUUGUAUAGCAACGAAAAUCUCACAAAACCGCUCCACGUAAAUAUUCAAAAUACUUAAAUAUGAAGUUACUUAAUACUUAGAGACUGAAAUUUUUUCUUUUAUUUGUUUGCAACUUCAUAUUGUAGGUAUACGGGGCGAAGCCUGAAUGAAUUUUUCAUUAUUUUUUUUUUUUAGUUGGGGGGUACUUCUCCCAAAUCAAAAAUUUUUAAAGAGAGAUUUUUAAAAAAGACUGUAUGCGAUUUUUUACUCGCCUUUUUGUAUUUUACUCAUCAUACGCUCGCUCUCUAUACAAUUUUUUUUCUUACUCGAAUUUUGUCACUUUUUUUUAUUGGUUUUGUGGGAUUUUGUUAUCAGGAGUCCAUGCAGUCCCGUUUACUAUAUUGAAUUUUAGCAAUUAUUAUUAUUGCAGUAGAUUAAUCGUCAAUGUUAUACAUGUAAAAUUACAUUUAAUAUGUAAGAUUUCUUCGGCACAUCGUAAUACCUAAUGUAAUACAUAAGAUUUAUAUGGGUUUACUGGUACAUUAUUAUACGGGGACAGAUUUGUGUUUUAAUUUGGCGUAGGUAUAAUCUAUGCAGUUUCUUGUAUCAAUUUUUUAUAUCAAAGAUCUACAAAAGUCAAAGGAAGAAAAUAGCGAUGAUUUUGAAGUCCAGUUUUUAAGGUAAGGUAAUUUUCUUAAACGGUAUUUAAAAGAAAAUACUGAGAAAUUAAAUUUCUAGCUCUCGAUGAAACGCAGAUAUCUCUUGUAGGGCCUAAACCGCAAAUUUCUGAAUCUUUUGACCAAAAACUAUACAGUUCAAGUUCACGUGAACUCAAAUCGACCCGCUAAAUUUCAUAUAAUUCAAAAAACCGUUGCGACCUGCAUCGAUCCCGUGUAAGAAAAUCGGAAAAAGACUGACACCACUGAUUUUUUCUAUUUCUUUGUAGUUUUACAUUUCUUUUAGUUCUAACAUACCAUCUUCAUAUUUUGCUGCAAAAUAACUUCUUCAUUCAUAUUUGCUUGAUACAAUUUUCCUUAUGGUUUUUUUUAAGACGGAAUAUAAUCCGCCUUUUUUUUUGUUAAUACCGAGCCAAGGCAUUUGAAAUAAUGUUUAACCUUCAGUUUAUUUAAAUUAUAAUUGCCUGGAAUAUUAAACAAAUUUAAUGAUUCCAAAAGCGCAUAAUAAAAUCAUCAAAAUGAUUAUUUGCAAUGCGUGGAGUAUUAACCCUGGAACAGCACAGUUAUUUUAUCUUACGUACACUGCACAGUGGGGUCUCGGAAACCCCACUUGUUUUUUACGUUUAAAUAACUAUUAUUCAAUGUUUUUUUUUAUGUGUGGAUUACAGAACAAAAAACAUUGUUUUAUUAUCAAUAAAUGUUUAUUAAAAGAAAAUUCAUAGAAGUACAAAAAUAAAAAAUAUAUGUAGGCAAGUGCCUUCUCUUGCAUUUUUUACAAAUAUGAAGCUAUAACAAAAAAAUUAAAUAAAAUAUCAACAAAAUGUAACUAGUCUCUCAAAAAACCUUAAAACUAAAUGAAAACCUAAAUUUUGUAACGAGAAAAGUAUUUUGUUUUCUUAGCCAGGCACUUCAAUUUUUGUUCUGACACUGACAACAUAGUUCAGCCCUAUGCUCCAAACAGUAUGGUUUGUGGCACAUUGCACAGGCAAAAUUUCUUUUUCGAUCUUUACCACGUGGACAAAAGCAGCAUCUGACCUUUUUAGACAAAUUAACAUCGAAACAUUCCCUUUGAGGUUCAUCUACUCCUAACCCUUGAUUGCAUGAUUUUAUUGCGGGUGGAAAAAAAAUAUAUUAAGGAAAAAAAAUAAUGAAACUAUGUAAUAGAUGAUCACAAAAAAGGUUUUUAUUGUUUUUUUUUUUGUUUUUUAACAAAAUUUGUUUUGUUGCAAAUUUGCAACAGCAUGAAAAAAUGAAAAAUUACGCUUUUAGGAGAAAAAAGGCCUAAUUACAAUGAAAAGAAUAACAGUUUUUAUUUUUUGUAAUACAUAAAUAAACACCACACUUAUCGCAUUUGAAGUGGGUAAAACCUUUACAGCCCGGCAGUUUGCAUCUUUGUCGUGCAAUAUCAUACUUGACCCAAUGGGAAACGUUAUCCAUUCGAACGUCUUUGGGAAGAACAUGUUGCAUAGGCCAUCGUUGUCUUUUCGCUGCUACCUCUUUUUCAACUGAUGAGGAAGGUCUGCCUUUCUUUUUAAUUUUUAAGCUGUUGUCUAUGAGACAUAACGUCUCUGCAACCUACAGCCUAAAUUCCCAUUGAUUAAACUCACUUGAUUGAUUAAACUGACUUUUUCUGACAAAAGCCAAGCAUUUAUAACCGUUACAUCGACAAAAUGAAAAAAUAUCCUAAGGUACCACUUUUUGGAUUUUAGAGGAAUCUUAUAUCUUCCAACGUGGCUUUGGUUUCAUUAUAGGAAUGUAUAAGGUUUGGUUUUCGAGUUACAGUACUAAGUGACGAAUCAGGAUGCAAAGUUGAUAAAAGCAGUACCGUUUUAUUUUCCUUUGGUGUGUAUGAAACUAAGGUUUUGUUUCUGUCAAAAGCAAAUAAGGAUGUGCCUACAUCUUUUUUCUGUAUAAACUUCAGAGGUAUUUCUCUUUUAUUUUUUCGCAAAGUUCCAAGGAUUGUUAGCUGAUACUGUUCCAACAUUUGUUCACUUAGAGGUAUUGACGUGAACCAAUUAUCAAUCGUAAUGUUACGGUGAGUACCGUGUAUUGCUUCAGAAAGUUUUCUAACAUAAUAUGUAGGUACUGGCUCAUUAUUCUCAACAUUAACUUUUCCAACGUAUGGGAUAGCAUUGAGCACAUAAAAUGUUUUUGAAUCGUUAAUCAUCAUCACUUUCAUUUCGUAUUUUUCUGGCUUGCUUGCCAUGUAUAUGCGGAAUGGACAUUUUCCUCGAAAACUCACAAGCUGUUUAUCAAUGGUGCAGUUCUCAUAGGGCGUAUAGUAUGAUUUGCAGUUAUUUAUAAAAAUAUCCCAUAUUUGUCGAAUAUGAGUGAACUUGUCUACCAGUUUUCUAGCAUUUCUGCCCAUUUUAUCGUCAAAUCUUAGACAAAGAGCUAUAAAUUGAAAUCUUUGCUGGGGCAUGGUUGCCCGAAAUAGUCCAUUGCCGUACUUUAUUGGCCAAAGUUCAUCUAAAUUACAAUUGAGGACACGUAACGCACCAGCAAGAUACAGUAGACCAAUGAAUGCCUUCAAUUCUGUCGUAUUAAUUAUUUUUUUGUAACUCUGAGGCAAGCCGUUCUGACAUUUCCUACAAAUUUCCUGAUUGGUAUGCAGUACAAUUAUGUCCAAAAUCUCCUCGGUGAAAAGUAAAUUCCAAUGAUUCGACAGGGCUGUGAACAUUUCUUGCCUCUUUCUUUGGGCCGGGCAAAUGUAAAACAAUGUUGUCCCGUCUUGGACGUCCUUGGCGUGCUGGCGCCUCUGUGGUCCAACGAUGCCCAUUUUUUCCAAGUAUACUGGUGACAUUUCUUUGUGACGUACUAGGGUCUCUUGUUCUUCCUCUUUAUCUUCACUUUGUUCAUUAUAGGUGUCAGACUAUUGUUCAAGAACAUCGUUUUCUUCUUCAUCUGAUAAGUCUCCAAAAAUAUCUUCAAUGAUCUCGGGUUGUUCUUCAUUUGUCCACAGAUUUUCAGCUUCAAACUCCAACUCUUUUUCCGGUAACUUACGACGAUUUUCUCUCUUAGAACUAUCCAUAUUAGGAAAUAACAAAAAAAUCACCUCGAAACUUUAACAGUCGUUAACUGCACACUGGGGUCUGAUGUACCCACAGAUCCACUAAUAUCGUAAUUGCAAAGUAAUGUAUAACGUAUUCGGCGUAGCGACUGGCUCUUAACGCGGUCGGCUCUACUAAAUUUACGUGACACGAUUGGUCAAAAAACGCACGCCUGCGCGAAUUACAUUGAACAACUUGAGCGCCUGGGUUUUUUAAUUUUUAGAUCCCACUGUGCAGUUCUAGGGUUAAGUUAGUUAAGAAUGCUUCCAAAAGCGCGGAAUAAAAUAGAAAAUUAUUCUGCUAUGGAAUAAUUCAAAUAAAUUUCUAUUUUAUUCCAUGCUUUUGGAGGCAUUUUUUGAAUAUUCUAGGCAUUUCAAAUAAUUUUUUUUUCAAAUUUCAAAUGUCUGAUUGAUUAAGAAAAUGCCUACAAAAUUGUAGAAUAAACAAACAAUUUUAAUUAUUUUAAUCAAUUAUAUAAUGAAUAAAUAACUCUUGAUUUUAUUCAACGCUUUUAAAGUCAUUAUUUUAAUAUUCCAGGCAUGUCAAUUUUGAAUUAAACUGAAGAAUAAAAACAUUAUUUCAGAUACCUGGAAUAUUAAAAAAAUAAUACCCCAAUGCUUUAUUGACUUCUAAGACGUCCUUGCCCUAAAUGAAAAAAUGUCAACAAUAAAGUUGUAACCCCAUAUUUCUAGAUUAUAAGAAGAUAAACGUCGUUUUUCUACCCUAAAUAGAACCAAAGUUAUAUCUCUGAUGGAGUUUUCGCACAAAAUUGGGACCCGUCCUACAAAAGUGCUUAUAUAACUUUUGUUGUAUUUAGUGUAGCGAAACGAUGUUUACCUUUUUAUAAUCUAGAAAUAUGGGGCUGCAACACGACUAUACACAAAUUUUCAUUUGUUUAGGACAGGGACGCCUUUAAAGUCAAAGAACAAUUUUUCCGAUUUUCUUACACGGGAUUCGAUACAUAUCGCAACGGUUCUUUGAAUAAUAUGAAAUUUAACUGAUCGAUUAGGGUUCACGAGGCGGUUUACUGUAUUGUUUUUGGUUAUUCUCAGCAUGUGGAUAAGUAUUUUUUCUUAACGCUUAAAGUUUCAGAAAUGUGUCAUAUUUUAGCCCCUCUGACGGUUUUUUUUGUGUCAAAUUUUUAUUUAAAAAAAAAUCUUUUGAAUUAAUUAAACCUGCAUUCUUUCCGAAUAAAACAGCUAAUUCCGUUUAACGCUAUCAUUUAUACAGAGUGAACACUGUUCAUUUGAAAAUACCCUUUUUACACUUUUUUUUCUACAUUUAAUCACUUUUUAGUGGCGCCACCUGGUUUAUGAACGAUUUAUAAUCCGUAAUAUUUUUCAAUAUUAACUGUACUUCUGAGUAAAACCGUUUUUCAGUUACGAAAUUUUGACGUUGGAAAUUAAUAAUGCAUGUAUGUCAUAGAUGAACUGCAUACAUAACUGAAGCAUAACUGCUUCAGCAAACGCGUCAUUGAUAAAAUCUGAAGUUUUCAGCAUUAUUAUAAUUAGCCGAGGAAUCAUUUUUUUUCGGAUUUAGUACAAAUAGAGAAAAAUCGCUCCUUUCGCACACUGCGUAUUUUCAAAGCAACCUAAGCAACGAAAACGGGGAUUUUCGACGAAAAAAGACCCUUUUUAUAAUCGAAAUUUAACUACUAAAACCGAUUGGAAUCGGGCCAGAAUUGAUUUUAUUCUGUUCCUAAAGCUUUCUACCAUUUUUCCAUGUAUAAUUGUACCAAGUAAAAACCUUUUUUAUACCCUUAAACAUCGUCUAAAAAUGGUCGAUUUUGACGUCUAUGUCCGAUUUUAAUGACGUCUUUUACGGCGCUUUUGACAACAUGGCGUCAAAGUGAAUGGUUUGGACUUACUUCCUAAUUUCAUUGAUAAAAUGCGUAAAAUAACUGAAAACUUUCAGGAAUUGGUAUGGAAAUAUUCAAGAGAUUUUGAGCAAUUCGAAUAUAUGCAUAUCUGUUACCAAAUCGUGUUCUUUUAGCCGUGGUAAUUCGACAAAGUUUUGACGUUUUAAAAUUUACCGUGUAUUAUUUUAAUAUUCAUGCGAUACUUUUUUUUUGUUAUUUGUCCGAUUUGAUUGAAAUUUCAUAUAAAAAAAUAUAUAAAUGCUUGGAAUUCAUGUUAUUUGACUAAAUAAAUUUUAAUACUUGUAACUUGCCCUUAAAACGGACUUCGAAAUUAGGUCAGCUAUCAUUUCUUUAAAAGAUCGUACCUUUCCUGUACAUUAACUUAUGUACCAGUAAUCCCGUAUACAGAGAGCGUCCCCUCUGUAAAUAAUAUAUUUAAAAAAAAACAAAUUAAUAUACAUAAUAUAAACACUGCCAACAUUUUUGGACUGCCAUCAUUUUAAAGUACCUACAGUAGUUUCACGGAUUGUAUUAUGUGUCGUUUAAAUGUUUAAAAAAAAAAUAUCAUCGUUAAGCUUAAUCUUAAACAAGGCGACUGCAUGGAUUUAAUUAAUAUUAAUAUACAUAUAUAAGGAAAAAAAACGACUGUAAUUAUAAAAUAUGUUUCGUUUUUAUAUUGAAGCAGCUACAUACAAGGUCUUACAUCGCGUGAAUCUCUACUACUCUUUGUUGAAAAAAAAUAUUAAUACUUUUUUAGAAUCAAAAUUUUUUUAGUGAAAAUUUAUAUUUAGGCUAAAUUUUUAUUGUUAAUCGUUUUAGUUAAUUAUAUUGUCUUUUGUAAGACCUUUUAUUUUCAAUUGAUUUAAAUUGAGGAUCGGUAUAAUAUGCGACGCUAGCAGGUAUCUCUUACAAAAGCACUACCACUUUUUACAAUUAUUUAUUUAUUUUUACGUACUAACCAUGUUAUUUUUAAUUAUUUUCUUUUACACGAUGUUUUCCUUUUUAAACUGUUUAUUUAGCGUAUGUACAGUGUGUAAAUAUUUUUUUUGAAAAUGCACAUACAGGAUAGUACUCUUUAAGACAUAAUUAGUGUAUUGUUACUUUUGUCGAGCAUUUUCUCAGAUAUGCAUCAGUUGAAAAUUGCCCCAGUGAUCUUAUUUGUAGUAAAUAUGUGAACAUCGAAAAAAGACUAUCUUGUAUGUGUUUUUUCUUUCAAUUAACGUUUCUUUAAACUUUUUUUUUGUAGAAAAACAUUUUUGGGCAAUCUCUAUUAAUAUAUACGGUGUCCUAGUAGUAUUUGUUCUUAAUUAAAAUCCAACGAACUCUUCUUUUUUGCCUAAAUGUCUAAAUUUCAUUAGUCAAUGGAAAUUUUAUAAUUAAAAAUGCCCAGUGAGAGAACCAAACUGACGUGAUUGCCCAAAAAUUGUUGCGUUCCCUUCCUAUUUAAAACACAAAAACCAUCAUAAAGAGUAUAAAAUUAUUGGAAACGUGCAAUAUGUACAAAUUUAACUAAUUUUUUUAUAAUAUAAUAUAAAUAAACCGUAGGACUGUAAAUUUUUUGAAAUAAACCUUAGUUAUGUUAAUUUUUACACAGAUGAAUGCUGAUCAGGCAGUAUUAUAAUAAGCGAGAGUCAGUUAGUGGUAUAAUUGUUGUUGGUUGAUUUUGUUCUAAAAAAAGGACUAAUUAGUCUGCGUCAGUCACACCUCUUAGUACUGUUUUAUAAAUAUUUGAUAGUUGAGUUGAAUUUGUACAGGAUAAUGCCUAUAUGUUAUGUUAUAUAUAUAUUAUAUGUAUAUUAUAAUGUGACUGACGGAGACAGUGAUAGUGUCCUGACCUGCGACACGAGGACCUGGUUAAACGAGAAUUGUAAGCAAUGAACUUGUUCGAUGAUAUAUUUUGUGCAGUAAACAGUAAAUUAAUAGAAUUUA